CAGCAAAAUACAUAGCAAAAUGAGUGCCAAUCAAAUACGUGCGCUUUUGGAGGAUAUAUUGCUUUUCAUGCAACCACAUUGGGAGUUUGUCAAUUGUCACAUGGUUAGCUAUAUAACUGAAAAACAUUGGCAGCAUUACGUACCCAAAGAACUCAAAUGUGAAGUGUCUGAUGUGGAGAGCGUACAACGCUGCAUUGAAGAGGUGUUUUGGAAGAGCACACAACCGGCCGUUGACGAGUGCAAUUUCAGCUGCUUUAAGCGCUUUGUAGCCAAUUGUGAAAAAUAUUAUUUGGAGAGAAGUAGCGACGUGCUCACACCCAUGUUGGAAUUACACAAAACACUCGGCUUGAAUGAUGCGCAGCAAAAUUUGUCAAUUAAGGAGUUUAUGAGCGAGAAGAAGCGACAUGAGGUUGAAAUAACUGCCAAGCUGGUAGAUCGCUUAGUUCAUAGUCUAUCGGAGAAUAAAAAUGAUCGAAAAGUAUACAUUGUUGACGCUGGCGAUGGCAAAGGAUAUCUGUCAUCUCGCCUGGCAUUGCAAUAUGGUCAUCGGGUUUUGGGUAUUGAUUUUCAGGAAUUGAACACCGAAAACGCUUUGGAACGUAAUCGCAAGCUGCAGCGCGUUUGGAAUGGCUUGGUUAAACGUGCGGAAUUGCAGCAGCAAGGCAUAGCGCCCAAACGACGUGGAAAAAAAGCUGAAUUACGCAAAGAACCAUCCUCAUUGCAAGAAGCAGAAAAUCAUAACAAGGAAGCACUCUACAAAACCACAGCCGCCUUUAUUACACCGGACAUAAAUAUUACUGAACUUUUACAAAAGCAAUUCCCUGAUGCCACUGAAACCGCCAACAUUUGUUUAACUGGUCUACACACUUGCGGCAACUUGGCUACAACCUGUCUACGACUCUUCCACGAACAAAAACAAUGUAAAUUAAUUUGUAAUAUCGGUUGCUGCUAUCAUCUACUCCAAGAAUCCUUUGCCCAACCGGAAUAUUUUGAAAACGAAACCAUUAGUGCACUUCAAACAACAAACGGUUUUCCCAUGAGUAAAUUUCUCCGCGAUAAACAGUUAGCCAUGGGUCGUAAUGCACGCAUGUUGGCCACACAAUCAUUCGAGCGUGUCACCAGCGAACGUAGCAGCAUGAAUAUAUCACUAUUCUAUCGUGCACUUCUGGAGGUAUUGAUUUCUGAGCGCGCACAAGAAAUGAAACAAAAAUUACAAGUUGGUAAAAUACGAAAAUUUGAGAAUUUCAAUGAAUAUGUUGCGUUGUGCUCUAAAAAGUUUGCCACCCAGCAUAACGACUUGCAUUGGCCAACGGAAUUGGUGGAUCAAAUUCAAUCACAAUAUGCUGCCGAUGCGCAUUAUAUGCAUUUAUACUAUUUACUGCGCAUGUGUUUUGCACAAGUACUCGAAAGUCUUAUAUUGUUGGAUCGUUUGUUAUAUCUCAAAGAAUUGGGUUAUGAACGGAGUUAUUUGGUAUCUGUAUUCGAUGCUGUUAUAUCGCCGAGACGUUUUGGCAUUAUUGCACUCAAGGACGAAGACAGUUGACGUAGAGAUACAGCAGCGUGUAAAUGUUUAAUGCAAUCAUAAUAAGUAAACUAAUUAAUAUGGCGUAUUGUAAAACUGUAGAACAGCUUAUUUAUACGAGUAAUUUUAUGAUUUAUGUAUGUUGUUGUAAGAACGAAUUGCUGAAUGAAAUUUUUGCUUGUAUAUACAUAUGUAUAUGAACAUAUCAUUAUAAUAUAUAAUAUAUGUAAUAAGCCAUAAUUAUAAACACGUCAAUUCAUUUGUCAUUUUAGCAGCUUAUUGCGUGUGUACCGUGUAAACAACAGCAAGGCACUUAAUAACGUUUAUUUAUAAAAUCUUGCAUUAUUCAUACAUAUCUUAAUUUAAUCGUUAUUUAGAGCCAAUUUCAUACAUUGUUGCCUCAAAGGUGAAAAUCAGGCCCUCAUUUGCAUUGGUAUUGGUAUUUGGCGUAAUUAAUUAAUAACGUACCUACAUUUAUAUAUAAAAGGCCUUUCAUAUGUGUAUUUAUAUAUUAAAGAUAAAGACGACGCGAGCCUAUGUAGUCUAC